AUCGCCCAACUACAAAGAGGUGAAAACUCUUAUAGCAGUGGCAAUGUGAAAAAAAUGAUUUUCGAUCCUGCUGUUUCCCCUGCCCUACUUCGAGGUGAAGUUACAGCCAGUAUGAAGAAUAGAACUUAUAAUGUUGAGGUUUCCAUUGAUUACGAGGAUGGUAUAUUGGAUGCCACCUGCUCCUGCCCCAGGGGACAAGCAGUAUGCCAUCACAUGGCAGCUGUAUGUUUUCAUGCACACAACAACGUCAGUGUUACUGACAAAACCUGUGUGUGGAAUCAGCGCAAACCUACUGGCGAUGGAGAAAAAAUUGUGAGGAUUAGUGAUCUCUACAAACCAAAAUUUUCUAAUUAUCAGGCUUUUUCGAGACCAGCAUCAACCCAAGAAAUGGCAGAUUUUAGGAAUGAAUUAGGAUACUCUAAUCCAGUUGGAUUUACAUGGCUGUUUAUGCCUGAGCAAUCACAAUUGACAAGCAUAAUAAAGAAUAUUGAAUAUAUUUUAUAUUCACUAGAGUAUACACAGGCUACUGACAAAGAGACAUUUUUAAAAUCAAAAUGCUCAGUAGAUGUCGAUACUAUAAAUAAAGUUGAACAAAUAACUAGAGGACAGUCAAUUAAUGAAAAUUGGCUAGUUGCUAGAAAGUACAGAAUAACUAGUAGUAAAUUUGGCUCUAUACUGUCAGCCUGCAGGAGGAACAAAUUCUCAAAAUCUUUAUUUUCAAGCCUACUAGAAGGGUACGAGCUGGAUGGUAUACAAGCGAUAAAGUGGGGAAAAGAACAUGAAGUGACAGCAAUUGCUGUAUUUCAAAAAAUUACUGGAUUAUCAGUGGACCCAGCCGGAUUUUGCAUGGACUAUUGUGGAUUUUUGGGUGCUAGUCCUGAUGGGUUUGUUAGCGAAAGAUGCUUAAUUGAAGUAAAGUGUCCCUUCAAACACAGAAAUGUUGGAAAAUUGAGACCAGUGUUAAAAGACAAAAACUACAUAGUUUACUUUGAAGAAAACUUGAUGAUAAUUAACGAGAAUCAUCACUAUUAUCACCAAAUACAAGGUGCGUUACAUAUUGCUGAAAAGGAUAUGUGUUAUUUAGUAAUAUGGGUACCAAGUGACUGUAUCAUUGUACGAAUUGAAACUUGUGAAAAAAUUAAAAAGUUUACUCCAGAAACUUUAAAAAAGUGUAUAACUAUUUUGGAGUAUAGCAAAGCGAAGCCUGUUGUCAGAAGAUCGAGCAACACUUAUGCUACUGUUGAACUUUCGGAAGAAACAUCAUUGAACGAUGGCUAUCAUGCCCAGUGCUAUAAACUUUUCACAGCAAUCAAAAUACCAUCAGAUUUUCGAAGCCAAAAUCAAAUUACUCCAGAAAGUGAACAAGCACGUGUUGAUGCACCAGAACAUGCUGGAGAGAGUCUCGAUGUGUAUACUCCCAGCAUAAUACCUGUUGUUGAUACAAUAGACGAAGCGGGUCCAUCAACCAACCUUGAGCCUCACUCGGAUGAUUGUGAUGAUCCAUCAGAUGCAGAUGAACAGGUCAUCCAAUCAGAUUUGCUGCUAAGGGAGUGUUUCAUUUGCAAAAAAUCGCGAAAACGCCGUCAUGGCCGCGAUGUGCCAUUAGCAGUAAAUAAAUUACGGACAAUUGAAUUAUUAAAAAGUGCAGCUACAGAACACAAUGACAUUGAGAUGUUGGAGAAAAUCAGUUCUUUUGCGGAUACUUCUGCAAUUCCUUAUCAUAAAUGCUGUAAAGAUCUUUAUUUGCGAGACAUUAAUAAAAAAGAAGAAAGUGAUUUUAUAAAGAAACGCAAGGCUUCGAAUACAGCUUAUGAAUUGCUGUGUGAAAUGAUAGAAGAAUUGGUUGUUGAAAAAAAUGAAUGCCUUUUUUUUGAUCACGUAAAAAAAGAAUACCACAAACUAUUAGUUGAACAAUACAAGUUGUUAUCGGAUUCUAUUAGCAGCAGUUCAUUUUCCGAUCGCCACUUAGAAAGUAAGAUCAUGGGUACUUUUUCGAAAACGAUCAAAAUUAUUUAUGCUGAAAAAAAGAAGUUUCUUGCUCCGAUUUCAGCUGAUAUUGUGGCAUAUAGUGAUUUAUUUAGAAGCAUGGCAAUGAAGGAGACAAUUCGUUCGGUUGCAGCACAACUCCGAGAGGAAAUUAAAAAUUGUACGACAACAAAAUUGCCUGAUGAUUGUACUGCUGAAGAUUUAAUUAAAGGUGAAUUAGAUUAUGUGCCAGAACUUUUAACCUGCUUCUUGGAAACAUUUGUUAUUGGCGAUGUUUCGCAUCUAUCGAGGGAAAAACGUAAAAUAAGGAAAACAAAUAACGAUCUAGCAAUUUUUUCUAUUGGACAAGAUAUGAUCUACGCUGCUUCAAACCAUAAAAUCAAAACUUCCAAACAUAUAAGUUUAGGUUUAGCAGUCAAAAGCUUGUGUAAUAGCAAAAAAAUAAUCAACUUGUUAUCUAAAUAUGGGCACUGUUGUUCGUAUACUACUUUGGAAGAAUUAGAGACCGAAUUAACUUUUUCUACGGCUAACAGUACCUUCGUGUGCCCUGAAGAUAUCUUACGUCGUCCGGACUUAAAUACGGCAGUUGCCUUCGAUAACUUUGAUCGCUUCGUCGAAACACUAAAUGGAAAAGAUACUCUUCACGAUACAGUGGGGAUAAUUUUUCAAAACGUUGCUCCAAAUGCAGAUACAAUGCCUUCAAUAUCUUCAGCUGCCAAUGAAGUUGAAAAUCUAGCUUCUAAUCAAACUGUAUGCAGCAAUACAUCAGAAUCUACGCUUCUAACACCGAGAAACCGGAAACGCCGAGCCUUUGAAGAAAUAACUUUUGAGAUGCGCCCAUUUACAAAAAUAUUAAAAAUAGCAACUUGGAAUGAGCUUGACAUUUCCGCGCUCAACAAAGAUCCUGCAAAUUUAAUUACAGCUAAACAAUUAGAUAUUAUGUGGAUGUUGUCGCAUAAGCUCAAUGUAUAUGGUACUCCAAUGUGGUCUCCCACUAAUCAUUCGACAGUUUUGAAAACUUUAGAAUUGUGCCAAGAAGUUGCAAAGGAAUGUAACGCUCCAUACAUUCAGGUUACAUAUGAUUUAGCUAUAGCUCGCACGAGUUAUUGCAUACAAUCUCAAGAAUCUCCAAAAUUUGAUAACAUUUUUAUUCACAUGGGGGCUUUUCACAUCGAAAUGGCUUUUUUCAAAGCAGUUGGCACUUUUAUUGAAGAAUGCGGACUCACUAAUAUAAUGACGGAAUCAGAUCUAAUUGCUGAAGGAUCAGUUUCAGGUUUUAUUACUGGGAAAAAUUAUAAUAGAUGUAAAAGAUUACAUUCUAUUAUGGCGUUAUCAUUGCAGCAAUUUCACUUUCAGUCUUUUUUGGAAAACACGAAUUUGACUAUCGAAGAUUGUGUAAUUGAAUAUCUCACUGAUUUCUCGCAGCUUCAAGAUAGCUCGCCUCAAAUACAGCAUCCAGAUACACAAAAUCUACUCCAAUUAUAUGAUCAAUAUACAGCAGAAACUUUACGAGGCAAGCACGGUAAAACGGCACAAUUUUAUGCUAUGUACAUUGAUUUUAUAAAUCUUUACCAUUUAUUUAUCAGAAGUAUAAGAGUUGGAGAUUUAGAUGCAUACAUUUAUGUUCUUGGAAAAAUCGUCUGUUUGUUUUUCUACUUCAAUCAACAAAAUUACAGCCGGUGGCUAGUGUUUUAUUUAAAUCAACUUCAACACAUUAGCAAUACACAUCCAGGUCUUCGAGAGGAAAUUGCUAAAGGCUCGUUUGGUAUUAGGAGAACCCAAAAACCCUUUUCGCGGAUCCCAGUUGACUUAACGUUAGAGCAAACAAUUAAUGGUGAAGCAGCACGUCGGCUCACGGGAAUCGUGAACCUGACGAGCUCUAUUUCUGCCAGACAACGUUGGGCACGAAAUCAUGGAGCUCGAACUCGAAUUAUUUCACACGUUUUAAAUCGUGCAGGGAUGAGUAACAAUAGUGAAGACGUCGCCGCAGACUUACAUCCAGAUAGACUCAAGGAGCAUCAAAAGCAAAUUAAAGCUUUCAUGCAUAGCAUUGAGCAGAUCACCAAUCCCUUCACUUCCUCCAUAGACAAAGAUAAUCUAUAUAAUAUUUCUACAGGACAGGCUACUAGCCAAGAAGUUGCUAAUUGCUUGCUAAGCACUGUUUCAUCUGGGAUGUCUCUCCGCGAUCAGUUUAUAACGGAAUGUAAUAUGAAUCCGGAGAGAUUUCACAAAUCUCUGAAGAAAAAUCCAAUACUUACUUUUGCAAGUGUAAAGAAGAAAAAGGUUAUGAAGAUUGGAGAAAAAGUUCAUGAGGUCACACUUCAGCGGGAUUUAUUCGGUAGAUUAUUAGGUCUAUCUCUGGUUGCAAACUUAGAUCUUGGAAAAGUAUUGUGUUUUCCAAUAACACCAGUCCCGUUAUCACUAUGCCAUAUAGAUGGUUCUUUUAAUAAAACUGCAAAAUCAGUACUGGUUCAAGAACUAGAAAUGAGAAUUGAAGAAAUGGAACAACCACCACCCCAGGUAGACUGUGGAAUCGUAGAUGGCUUCUUCUUCUUAAAUACUUUUAAACAAAUGCCGCGCAAUUUCGGUGAUUUAUCAAAGAAAAUUUUGCAAACUCUUGUAAAAACUCCAGCAGAUAGUAUAGCCAUUAUAUUUGAUCGUUACUUCACACCUUCGAUAAAAGAUUGUGAACAUGCUCUUCGACGCAAUAUAGAUGACAAAGAUUUUCAUAUUGCCGGUCCUCAACAAAGCAGAACCUCUGACUUCUCCAAAGAUUUAAAAAAUAUAAAGUUUAAAGAAGCAUUAGUGAAAUUUCUUAUCGAACAUUGGGCUAAACAGGAGAUGAAAUCAAUUAUUGGUAAUAAGAAAAUAUUUCUAAUUCAUGAUUUAUGUUACGUGUACUCUGUUAUCGAUAACGAAUUAUCGCGAAUUAUUGAUCAUGAACUGUCAUGUCCCGAUCAUGAAGAAGCGGAUACAAAAGCUGUAUUUUUUGCUUGUCAAAUGGAAGAAGAGUCUACUGUCACCAUCAGAACCUCUGAUACAGAUAUCGUGGUUAUUAUGUUAGCCAACAUGGAACAUAUGAAAUCGUCUGUAAAAGUCUGGAUUGAUCUCGGAGUAGGGAAUGCACGCCGAUAUAUCGACAUUUCUGCUCUUUUUACGAAAUUGGGCCCACUUGUAUCAAAAGCACUACCAGCUCUGCAUGCUCUAACGGGAUGUGAUUACAACCCAGCUUUGUACAGGCGAGGUAAAAAAAGGCCUCUACAGAUUCUAAUGGGAUCUGUAAAUAUACAAGAAGUAUUUGCAAACUUGGGCUCUGAAGCAUAUAAUAUUGAGGCAUUAUCUUCCACCGUGGAAUCGUUCAUCUGCCAUUUGUACGGGUUUAAAAAACUAGCUGACGUUAAUAUUGCUAGGAUUGAAAUAUUUAAUAAAACGUACAAAGUAAAUGAUACGUCUCAACCCUUUUCACUGAAUGUGCGUAAUUACGAUGCUUGUAAUUUGCCACCAUGUCGAUCGGAGCUGCAACAACAUUUAUUGCGAACGAAAUAUAUUGCUUGUUUGUGGAGGAACGCUCACAAUCGUAUUCCUACGGAAAUGUCACCACUAGAAUACGGAUGGAGAAAUGUGGAUGGAAAAUUGGAGCCAACUUGGUUCCUAGGAAACCAACUUCCUGAAGCGUACGAAGACAUCGUCAUAACACCUGACAUUUUAGGAGAUACUUUAGAUUCAGUUACAGAAUCACGAGAUGACGAGGACGUCCAGGAAGUUGAAGUGGAAACAAACUUCAAAGAUGAGUCUAGUGGAGAUGAAGACUAAAAUAUGUAUUUUAAAUUUUAAUGAUCUGUAAUUUAUUAUAAAUUGUAAUGAUCUAUAUUUAAUUUUUUAUUAAUAAAUUAUCCAAUUUC